ACCGGACUCACCUGAAGAGUCGGUCCCGGCCCUGGGUCUGGUUGGUGAAGCGGAUGAAGGCGUCCAUGGCACCCAGCCCAAGGACAAGAGUCGCACCGGGUUCUUUUGCGAGUCCUCAGGGGCUGCUGACGAGUCCCCACGGAACUGUCAGUCUCUGCCACCCAGAGGACCCAAGUCUCCCCACCCCCGUGGGGGCGGGUGCACUUACCGAAGAGCAACUUCUCGGGCUUCCGGUUUGGGGCCGGAAGUUGUGGUUACUAAGGCAACGUCAAGCUGCCGGCCCAGCAGGUGGAAGAGUUCCAGCUUCUCCUCAUCCUCAACAACACUUGUUUUUCAGAAUUUCAUAGAUGUUUCCAGCACCACCUUCUGUGAUGACAUCUCCCAAAGGAAGUCGAGCCCAGAAGCUGAAGCUGCCCACUUUAACACGAAAGGGGACACUGGAGGUGCCGUCCCCUACAGAGAAGGACUGGUCUAAGGAUGAUGAAGAGGAUUGGGUCUUCAAGGGUCCAGAUCAAGAGCAGGAUUCCCUACCUCAGCCUUAUCGAAUGAUCAACAAGCUAGUGAACUUUCUGUUUGACCACUCGUGGGAAAUUAUUGAGGAGAGGGAUGCAUCGAGGAAAGCUGAGCUCAGCCGCAUCCAGCCCACCAUCUACCCUCCACUUCUAGAAAGCAAGCUCAACAAAACGCCGAAUUGUAUGGCUAUUUCCCAAGACUAUGUGUUUAUUGGAGGAACCAAAGGAUUCUCCAUCUAUAAUCUGUACAAUGCUAAACGAAUAUAUGUUUGGGAGAAACUUAAGGUUGAUGUCACUUACAUCUGGGCCACAGAUUUGGGGAGUGAAAUACUUAUUGCUUCUGUGGAUGAAAUGGGUAUCAUUAGACUAUUUUAUUUUUAUAAGGAUGGCCUUUACCUCAUCAAAGCCAUCAAUGAAGUGGAUGAUACCAGCAAGCAAACCACCUGUAUAAAGAUGGAGAUUUCUGAAGGAGGAGACUUUGCAGCCUUCCUCCUACAAGGAGCUGGGGAUAUUUGGCUGGAUGUGUAUAAAUUGCCUAAGGAGUCUUGGCUCAAGGAAGUGGAGCACCCCCAACUCACCAUAAAUCCAAAGAAAAAAGUCAGACAGCUGCAACUGAACACUCUUGAUCCCGUGACUGCAGAUAAUUUAGAAAUGGAUAUAAACAUUUCUUUUAGAGGAGAUGUUAAAUUGAGUCUUCCAGUUUACAUAAUGAAAAUCAAACCACCCAAACCAGUUGCAGGUACCACAUUUAAAAGCCCCCUGGAAGUCUUUGCAAAGAUAGAGGAUUGCUGUGGGCUGGGCUCUGGGCAGAAUCACUUCAUCAAGGACAGUCAGUGGGAGCGGCAGGCGGCAAUCUUCAACGCCACCUUCAGGAAGUACCUGGAUGGGGAGUGGGAGGAGGAGCUGCUCAGUAUGGCCACGUUCCACUUCCUCCUUCCUAGCUGCAUAAUUGCAAUGCCAGUGGAAGUUAAGAGCCCCCCAGGGGUAGCCUGUGUCAUUGGCGUACACUGGACUGGAAGUCACAACUUCUUCCUCUAUUCACUUAACCGAACGCUGAAGGAUAAAGUUGAUCCCGAGGGUGUGUGGCCCUGUGCUGCACCCAUUGCGGUGUCUCAGCUCAGCUGCUGCUGCUCCUACCUGGUGCUGGCCUGCGAGGAUGGUGUGCUCACACUGUGGGACCUAGCCAAAGGACUCUCUCUUGGGGUCAUCGCUCUUCCUGAAAGGUGUUUCUGCCAAAGCAUUCACUUCUUGAAAUACUUCUUAGUCCACAAAGGACAGAACAUGUAUCCCGAGGGGCCAGUGAAAUCCCAAAUGAAAUGUGUGGUACUGUGUACAGAUGCUUCUCUCCAACUGGUGGCAGCCACGGGGACCCAAAGACCCACCCUCAGUGUGCUGGUGGAGAGGCCUGUGAAGCACCUGGAUGAAGCCAUCUGUGCAGUGGCCCCAGUCCAAGCCUUACCCGGCAUGGUGCUGAUCUUUUCCAGCAAUGGUUCUGUGCACCUCAUGGAUGUGGCCAAGCCGCAGAUUGUCUGCGCCUUUGCUCCCCCAAGGUCCUACCACCUGGCGGUCCCCUGGAAGCCAGUAUUUGUCGUGUCUUUACACCACCCGUGUUUCCUGCUCCGAGGAGACCAUCCAGAUGAAAUUGGAUCUGCCAGCCAAGCCGAGGACAUCCCAAAUUCUAUUUUCUAUUUUAAUUUUGAGGCCUACCCACUCCUGGAACAAAUCUCAAGAAAUUGCACCAUUCCUCAAGCUAAUGUGUUGGAUGACACAACUUUCCCCCAGGUGUUGCCCUUGGAGGAAAGAUGCGAGAAUUUCUUCCAAAAGAGGUUUCGGAAGCUGGUGAAGAACAAGGUGAAAGAACAGGAGUACUGGACCCGGCUUCGGAGGUAUUCCUCGCUUCUCCAAAGAGAGAACCUCAACAAGUGACAGGGCUGCUGCCCUGGGCUCUCUGAAAAGUUGGCAGCAGGCAGGCUUUGCCCUGGAAUGCUGUGAGGUCAAGAGACACAGUGACAAAGGGCUGCAGCUCAGUAGGCCUAAGGGGCCUAGCCUUGCAGUCUGGGACCUCUGCAGAGCCAGCAAGGGGA